AUGGCUAUCUCAGCAAUCCCGAACAUCCAAAAUCUAACCUUGGACAACAAUUUCUCUCAGUCAUCCUUUGAAAACAUUUCGAAGGAAGACGUUGUUGCCAACGGUUACGUCGCUUCCGUUUUCGAAUCCAAACAUGAUCAGAUCAACAAAGUCAUGGAUCAGUUAGAUUCAACCGGUUUGAUUCCGGAAAACUUGAUUGAGUCAGAAACAAAGUUCUUCUAUGAGAACUUGGGUAUCGAUGAUACCUAUUUUGCCUCGGAGUCUGUGGAAAACAUCGCUUCAAACAUUUUGGCAAUCUAUGCUGCUAAAAUUGAUGCUGCGAUCAACGGUAAAAACACCUCUUCAAUUCAUUUCAAGAAAAUCACCGAAGAUAAACAUCACGCUGUUUACUUUGAAACCGGUGACUCAAAUUCUUUUGAAAAGGAGAUUGAUGAUGAGUUCUUAGACGCCAAGGAUUCUUACUAUAGAGUCGAAUCUUUCAACUCCGUGCUACCAUCGGAGGAAUUGAUUCGCUGCCACUUCGUUUACAAGUCUGAUUUUUCAGAAUCAGAAACCUUGUCAUCAUCUUCUUUGAUUGAAUCAAUUUCUGACAAAACCUUUUCCAAGAUUGCAACCCCUUACACAAAAACUUUAUACUCCGAAGUUUUGACCCAACUUAAGGAUACCGAGGGUCCUGUUGUGAAGCACUACACUUUAUCCGAGACGGGUGAAUUGAGAAUUAUCAUUGGUUUCAAAAAGGGAUCUUCCCACCGUUACAACUCUGCCCUUUCUACGUUGGCAAACUAUUAUGGUGCUACUUUGAAGAGAAAGUACGUGGAAAAUUUCUCAAACAAUUAUACCAUUAUCUCAAUGUAUCUUGCAAACAGUCAUGAAGUUGAAACUGGCUUGACAACUUUACAGUUGACCAAAGAUGCUUCUUUAUUGUACUGCAUUCCAGAUAACAAGUUCUACUCGAAAUUUGAAUCCGGUAUUUGGUCAAUUCAAGAAUGUAUUUAUGCUCACUCGGGAGUUAUUUUUGCAACACAUUUCUUGAAUAGAUUAGGUCCUGAAUUCCAGUCCUUGAAAGAGUUGUUGUUAGAUUCCUCAAAUGUCUCUCCAAAGAAUGUUGAAUUGGUUAGUAAAAUCAAAGAAAGAUUCACUUCAGAAACUUUCUCUGAAUCCUAUAUCAUGGAAGCCUUUGAAUCCAACUCAAACUUGAUUCGUCAAUUAUACAAGAACUUUGUUGACACUCAUUAUACUUCGUCUUCUAUUGUUAAAACAUUAUCAUACCAAAGAGCCUCCAAAAUUGAAGGUAUCCAAAAUGAUGAACAGUUUGAAAGAGCUUUAGCUGAAAUACCAAAUGACGGUUAUUCAACUGUUUUGAGCAUUUUGUACGCUUUCAACAAAUCUAUUUUGAAGACCAAUUUCUUCCUCACUUCCAAAGUGGCCCUUUCCUUUAGACUAGAUGCUUCAUUUUUGCCAAAAUCAGAAUAUCCGAACAAACCUUACGGUAUGUUUUUUGUUGUUGGUUCCGAGUUCAGAGGUUUCCACAUUAGGUUCAGGGAUGUUGCAAGAGGAGGUAUUAGAAUUGUUUUAUCAAGAUCGGAAGAUGCUUAUGUGAAGAACAUGAGAUCAAUGUUCGAUGAAAACUACAACUUAGCUUCAACUCAACAAAGAAAGAACAAGGAUAUUCCAGAAGGUGGUUCUAAGGGUGUCAUUUUGGUCAAUCCAGGAUCUGCACAAGUUAAGCCAAAGGAGUGCUUUAUCAAGUAUAUUGAUUCACUCUUAGAUUUAUUGAUUAAAGAUCCUUCAAAGGAGAAGAUUGUUGACUUAUACAACAAACCAGAAAUGUUGUACAUGGGUCCUGACGAAAAUACAGCAGGUUUCGUCGAUUGGGCUACUUUACAUGCUAAAAAGAGAGGAGCAGCAUUUGGUUUCCCAUGGAAAGCUUUCUUUACCGGUAAAUCUCCAACCAUUGGUGGUAUCCCCCACGAUGAAUAUGGUAUGACCACUUUGAGUGUUAGAGCUUUCACUGAAGGCGUCUAUUCAAAGCUUAAUAUCAAUGACUGGUCAUUGAUCACCAAGUUGCAAAUGGGCGGUGGUGAUGGUGACUUAGGCUCUAAUGAAAUUAAAUUAUCCGGUGAUGAAAAAUACGUCGGUCUUGUUGAUGGCUUUGGUUGUAUAGUCGAUGAAGAUGGUAUUGAUAAACAAGAACUAUUAAGAUUGGCAAAUAAUAGAUUUGGCAACAACAAAUUUGAUAAAUCAAAACUGGGUCCAAAGGGUUAUGUGAUUUUGGUUGAUGACAAGGAUGUGACUUUACCAAACGGAAAGAUCAUUCACAGUGGUAUACAAUUCAGAAACCAAUUCCAUUUGAAACUUCAAGAAAUCUAUCCACCAGAUUUCAUAAAAUUAUGGACUCCAUGUGGUGGUAGACCAAACUCUAUUGAUGUCACCACUGUUCACUCAUUACUUGAUCCAAAGACAGGUAAAUCAAUCAUUCCAAUUAUCAUUGAAGGUGCUAACCUUUUCAUCACUCAAGCCGCAAAAUACAUACUCGAAGGUGCAGGUGCAAUUGUUUUCAAAGAUGCAUCAGCUAACAAAGGUGGUGUUACUUCUUCUUCUUUAGAAGUUUUGGCUGCUCUAUCAUUUGAUGAUGACGGAUUUUCCAAGAACAUGUGCAUGGACCCCGAAACUAAAGCUUUGCCAGCGUUUUACCAACAAUAUGUCAAGGAAGUCCAAUCAAUCAUUGUCAAGAAUGCUAGAAACGAAUUCAACAUGCUUUGGAAACUUAAGGAUGAAAACAAGAAAUCUUUUGCAGAUUUAUCAGAUGAACUUUCUGUUGCAAUCAACAAACUAGGUGAUGAGCUUUCGUCCUCUAAAGAAUUGUGGGAAGAUACUGAAUUCCGUAACAUUGUCUUGAAGGAUGCUUUACCAAGCUUGUUAUUGAACGAAGUUGGUUUGGACGGUAUCCUUAAGAGAGUUCCUGAAGCAUAUUUAAGAGCUAUUUUUGCGACCAAACUUGCUUCAGAGUUUGUUUAUACCAGAGGUAUUGACGCAAACCCAGCAAAAUUCUUGGAAUUUGUAUCUAGUUUGAAGAAGUGA